AUGACCGGACUGAACGUCUCCGUUUCUGCGGGUUGGUAUACCUACACCAACCUGGGUCCUAUCACAACCACCUUCACUCCAGCUCCCAGCUGCACUACGUCUGGCCGUGUUGCAGUGGGCUAUAUCAACAUAGAUGGUGGUAAUCUGUACCUCGAGUAUUACACAGAGCCCAUUGAAGGGCUCAGCUUCAGCGGAUGUACGCCAACAUCAACACCAAGCAUCACCGCUACACCAACCUCGACCGGGUAUUUGACUUCGGAAGAGCCAAUUUCUGUCUUCUUAGCCGAACGGAUAAGCUGGAGGGCUUACGGUCAAUACUACUCUCCUGCCAUAUAUUGUCCCUCGGGAUGGGAGACAAUUGGUAUGGUCGGGCGAGAUGCCAGCAGCUCGCUCACUUCGUCGGGCAUUUAUAUUCAUACUACGGCUACUACUACUACUCAAUCAUACAGUACAGAUGAUGUGUACUACUAUAUGUUCAACUACGAGGAUAAGGCUUCCGUUCUGAAAGAUAUUCUUAAGCCAAAGGAAACGAUGGUUGCGUGUUGUCCCAGUGGUAUGAUAGCAGACUCGACGGGUCUUUGCUACUCUCUCGUCAAGGACUAUAAACCAUCCGUCGGCUACCAGGUUGCCGUAGGAUACAACUACGAAUAUGGCACGACCACGAAAGUAUUGACCGAGACAAGCGGCACUGAUACAAUCACCAAGACUCGAUACCAUGAAUAUGAAACGGGAACUACAUAUCAGACAGACACAUACACCGCAACUUUUGACCGGGCAGAGCAGUCUCCCUGCUACAGCGCAUUCUCUUACGCACCUGUCAUCACAAUGCUGUAUCAUGAGUCUGAUUUGCACUCUAGGUCUGCAACAUCAUCGGCUACCGCUGAUUCUACAAGUGCUACCAAUGCGGCGGGCAGGGUCUCUGCUGUCACGUCGAUUUGGAAGGGACUUGGCUCCGUCGUGGGAGUUUGGGCUGCUGCGUCUGCCUUGGGGGCUGCUAUGAUCGUUCCAUGGUAA